UUCACAUGGUAUUGUUUGGAUGCGCAGGUCUUCCGCAGCAUUAACUGCAGUUGUUGCAGAAUUUCGUUCCUCUUUCCGAAAUUUUGAUUCUUACUUUCUCUGUGCCUUUUAUCCAGGUUUAAUCUGGAAAACUGCGAGACUCGUAAGCAUGGCGAAUGAACCUCCAACGAAACGGGCUAAGAAGGAAAUCGCUGAAACAAACCACCAAAAUAACACGGGACAAAACACUCUGGCAAAAUAUUUGGAAAAGAGGAAGAACGUUUGUGAAUCUGUAGCAGAAUUCAAGUUCAAUAAGAAGAGAGUAAGACUCAUAUCAUCGACUACAGAUAUGCCAGAGUCUUGCAAAGGAAUCGCUUACUGGAUGUGGCGGGAGCAGCGGGUACAAGACAAUUGGGCCAUGCUUUAUGCUCAGAGAAUGGCACUGAAACAACAAGUACCUCUCAUUGUAAUCUUCUGCUUGCCAUCCAAGUACCUAGAUGCUGCAUUUAGGCAGUACAACUUUAUGAUCAAAGGUCUACAAGAAGUUGAAAAGGAGCUGACAGAGUUGAAUAUUGCAUUCCAUGUGCUUCUUGGUGAACCAGACAAGGUCCUUCCAGAUUUUGUGAAAUCCAAAGAAAUUGGUGGUGUUGUAGCAGACUUUACACCUUUGAGGAGACCUCUGAAAUGGCUGGAAGAUAUUGCUAAGAAGCUGCCAAAAAAUGUUCCACUUUGUCAGGUAGAUGGCCAUAACAUUGUGCCUUGCUGGCAAGCCUCUCCAAAGUUAGAGUAUGGUGCAAGAACCAUUCGCCCUAAAAUCCACAACCAGUUAAAGCAGUUUCUUACAGAAUUCCCACCGGUAAUUAAACAUCCACAUGCUGGAGACUAUGAAGUUAAGGUAGUAGAUUGGGAAGCUGUAGAUAAUUUCAUUGAAGUUGAUCGUGCUGUCAAAGAUGUUGAUUGGGCAAAAGCAGGAACCAAGGCUGGUCUGGACAUGUUAGAAUCGUUCUGUGACAGCAGGCUCAAGUAUUUUGCAACAGAUAGGAACAAUCCAACAAAGGAAGCUUUGAGCAACUUAUCGCCAUGGUUUCAUGCAGGUCACAUAAGUGUCCAGAGAGCAAUCCUCAGAGUAAGAGAAUUCCGCAGCAAGGCUAAAGACUCUGUUGAGGCAUUCAUCGAAGAAGCGGUUGUUAGGAGAGAAUUAGCUGAUAAUUUUUGCUUUUACAACUUGGAGAAUUAUGACUCCAUCAAGGGAACAAAUGCGUGGGCACAGAAGACUCUGCUUGACCAUGCACAGGAUAAACGGGAAUAUUUGUACACAAGAGAAGAGCUUGAAGAUGGGAACACACAUGAUGACCUGUGGAAUGCUGCCCAGCUUCAGUUGGUUAGUGAAGGCAAAAUGCAUGGUUUCCUAAGAAUGUACUGGGCAAAGAAAAUUCUGGAGUGGACAGCCACCCCUGAAGAGGCUCUAGAGGUGUCUCUUUACCUUAAUGACAGGUUUAGUCUGGAUGGGAAUGACCCUAAUGGAUAUGUGGGUUGCAUGUGGUCAGUAUGUGGAGUGCAUGAUCAAGGUUGGGCUGAAAGACCAGUGUUUGGAAAGAUCCGCUACAUGAACUAUAAUGGCUGUAAGAGGAAGUUUGAUGUAGCAGAGUUUGUGAGAAAAAAUGGCAGGAAGAAGCAGGACACGACUGGUGGGACUGAUAAAAGUUUGAAAAACAGGAAACGAAAGGCAGCUGGAGUGAGCUGAACAUGCUUUUUGAUGGAAACAUGCUCCAGUUUUUAGAUCUUUACUAAGUAUUUGUCAGCAUUUCUCUGGGAGGUUCAUUUCGACAACCCAAUGGUUAGGGUUAGCGUUUGGGUUAGUUGAGCUCCCCAACUCUAUCCAGGUUAGCUUUUUAGGGUAAAAUUCAAUGGCAGAGUUGAGGCAUGCCAGACAUGUUUUCAAUCAGACUUGGUUGUUCAAAGGCUGGGUAAUGCUAUCCCACUGGGCACAGUAUAUGUGUUUACAGCACAAACCACACUGCCAGCUAGAUAGCAAUUUAUCUUGUGGAUAGUGUCAUCCAACGUUAAAAAAAUUUGGGUCAUUUUGAUAUGUCAAGAGUCUGUAGUAGGUAUUUCAAAAAGUAGUUGUGUUUUAGUGCAAAGAACAUGCUGGACUUGAUAGGAAACAGAGGAAUGUAGUUACUAUAUACUUUAUGUGCUCUCUGCUGCAGGAAAUAUUCUUUUUCACUUGAGUUUCACCUUGAGCCAUUCAAAGAAUAAGGAACUCUCUGUCAGGAACCGAAAGAAUACCCUCUGGCUUCACUGCUUUCAAAAUAAAAAUGUUCACAAAUCGCAUGCUUACCUCGGAUAGGAAAGUAUUUUACAAAAUGCAGUUGUUGCAUUUUUAUCAAUGUUUGUUUUUUUUGUCCAUGAAAGCUUACAUGUAUUCUGUUAGGACACAUCCAGAAAAGUGGAUCAAAAGGUCAUUCCCUCUGGUAAACUUGCUGUCAAAAAUGAAGGGUUAUUGCAUGGAUUGACUUCUUUUGUUUGACUUAUCUUUUUCUUUGAAUUUAAGCUCCUGUGGGAAACAUUUGUUUGAUGUGAAAGGAGACUUUGAAACAAACAACAACAAAAAAAACAACAUCAAAACAGUUAAAAACAAGAGUUUUCCUUUUAUUCCUUACUUGUCCAAGGAAGUUUACCAUCUGGACCCUGCCUCGUGCACAAAAAAAUGAGAAAAAUGGAGUUCUGAAGGGCUCCCAGUAACAUCUUUUACUUGACUUUUGUGGUGUCUUGAAAAGUAAAUCAAUAAAUAAGCUGUUCUUGUCGUGUUCUGAA